AUGGGCCGAGCGGUCCAGACAGUAAGGCACCCCUCGUUAGGAGGAAAAAACCCAAAGAAAAAACACGGCCAAUUCUGGAGCACCCUGUGCGCGGGAGCACGACGCGCUAACCAAAACAAGCAUCAUUGUUUGGCGCAAAGCUAUAAACGCAACGCGGUCGGCCGCUUCGUCAGUCAUACUGCGGGCCGUUUGUUCGCACCGUCGCCGCGUCGAGCCCGAAACGGAGGCGUCGAGUCCACGAUGCUGACAUCGAAGAUCACCAUCGUGUACCUCCUAAUGGUCUCGGUCGCGGUCAUAGGAAAACACAAAAAGGUUAAACAGAAGAAAUUUGUUUCACCUUCUAUAAAGGGCAUCCAGUGCUACAAUUGCCUCUCAUUUGACCACCCCGGCUGUUGGGAUCCCGACCAUCCGGAUUACGCCAAUAUCACCGUUCCGAAAAUCGACUGCUACAUCCCGGGAAUGGCGUUCCUCUGCAUCGUUAUCACGUCGGAGUCGGCAAAACUGGUGGAGUCGGGGCAGGAGAUCGGCCCGGUGCGCGCGCGCACGUGCGUGCCCGUAAAGGACUUCCCCAAGAAGACGGUCUCGUACUCGAUGUGCAGCAAGCUCAGCAAGGAGCUGUCCGCCUCGGAGAUCUUCUCGCGGAUAGCGGUCAGCCGGCCGCAGUGCACGCUGUGCAAAAAGCACCUGUGCACCGACGCCGCCCACUGC